AUGGCAUCAGGACCUGUAGGAGGAGGAAUUGCAAGAUCUCGUUCGCUAUGGCGUUUCUUAUCCAUUGAUCCAGAAAUUUAUCCUCUACUUGGGGUAUUAGCAACCACCUUUGGCAUAGCUGGAUAUAUGGUGGGUCGUAAAGCAGCCAACACAAAUCAAGAGUCAAAUGUGAAGUUGGCUACCCAUGAACCAUUUCCUUGGCAUGCUGGUACUAGUAAUCAAGGACGUGGAGAUAGCACGGGAGGAAGUAAUGAUGGAGGACAGGAUUAUAAAUAUAAAUUUCAUAAAUUUGGAGAUCCUAAUCAAGAGGCCAUUAAAGCUCCAAGUGCCGACACUUCACAUAUCGUACAAGUAAAAUUGCCUAAAGACGAUAGUCGAAAGGUUGAAGAAAAGUUUGGAAAUAAUUCAUGA